AUGCCAGUCGCCAACGUCGACCUCAUCGAUGGCGAUCUUCGAUAUUACUCGUACAAUCCGGCCUCGAAGGACCAGCUCGACCAAAUCAGCGAGCUCAUUUCGGCCAAUUUGUCCGAGCCGUACUCGAUCUAUGUCUACUGGUACUUCUUCCACCAAUGGCCGCAAUACUGCUUCUUGGUGAGUGAAAAAUCGUCCGAGAAGAUUUUGGGGGUGAUCAUCUGUAAAGUUGGACCGCAUAGAGACGUCCGUAUGCGUGGAUACAUCGGCAUGUUGGUAAUCGAGCCAGAGUAUAGGGGAAGAGGAAUAGCCAAGAAGCUAGUGAAGCUCUCCAUCGAGAAAAUGAUGGAAUGGGAUCAUGUGGAUGAGAUCAUGUUGGAGACCGAGACCUCCAAUGCUGCCGCUUUGCAGCUCUAUGAGCUGUUUGGUUUUCUUCGAACUAAACGUAUGCAUAGAUACUAUUUGAACGGUAGCGAUGCGUAUCGCUUAAUUUUGCCUGUUCUGGAUCGCCUGGCCACGCGUAUUGGCUUCUUGGACCGUAUUGUAGAUGUGCCCGCCGGUGUGGUAUAG